UUGCGGGAACUUUCAAAUGAUUACAGAAAUUCUUUGAAAACCAAAAUUGUAUAGAUUUAUUUUAGAAAGAAAAUGGCCAAAAGUGUAGGACAAUCCCUUUACCGUUUGCAGCCAAAUAAAACGUUAUUUAUGUUAUGCGACAUUCAAGAAAAGUUCAAACCAGCAAUUCCGUUGCUUGGGGCGGUUAUAGAGAAUACUAAGAAAUUGAUAGAAGCUGGUAAGGUAUUCAAUGUACCACUAUUGGUUACAGAGCAAUAUCCGGAAAAGUUGGGCUCUACCGUUUGCGAGCUGGAUGUGCAACACGCUUGUGCUAUCGUGCCUAAGACCAAGUUCAGCAUGUUUGUGCCGCCAGUUGAAAAUAAGAUAAAAGAAAUUUUUGGCGACAAGCCCAAGACGGCAGUGUUGUUUGGAGUUGAGACGCAUGUGUGCAUAGAACAAACGGCGUUUGACCUUAUCAAUAAUAGUAUAGAUGUUUGGCUUGUCGCUGACUGCAGUGCCUCGCGUCUCAAUCAGGAUCGCGAUUUAGCCCUAGAGCGUCUGCGUCACAUAGGCUGUAUUAUAGCCAGCGCCGAGAGUAUCAUCUUUAAUCUGCUGGGCGACAAGGACCACGAGUCCUUCAAGAAGAUAGCGCCCCUUGUGAAGAAAGUGUCAACCGAAUUGAAUCUUUGGCAACCCACAGCGACUGCCAAGGGCAAGAACUGAUAUUGGCAAGCGGCGCCUUUCAUGUCUAUUCAUUUACCAUUAAGGUAGCAUUUUUGUGUUGCUCAUAGAAAUUAUGAAAGAAGGUACCAGAGAUAGGGCCCCGCCUGUCCUCGGCAAGCAUCGUCAUCUCAUAAACAUUUUGCCCAGCGGACAGCUGAAUGGAGCGUUACCUCAGCGGCGCCUUAUAAGCCAGCCAAGUAUCCAGUGAGCGAGCCAAGAGCAGCCUGUAUUGACGCCAAGCCUCUUUGCUGCCAAUUUAUGCGAAGACUUGGAGCGCCCCUUGUACGAGUAUUCCAGGCAGUUAAAUUUCAUGAUGCAAUCGAAACAAUCUCAGCAUGUUGUUUGCCUACGCGCUCGAGGCAACCGCCAGGUGACGGUGACAAUGUAGCAGGCGUCUGAUUGACUCAUAACAGGCCAAGAUCACAAUCUUAUCUGCAUGCCAGCUAGCCAGCCAGCCAGCCACAUUGCUCCCGGCUCUGUUGGCAAUUUAUUUGCCAAAGCCCUGCCAGCUGAGUGCCAGCUAGAUCGGAUCUUAAAGCACUCGCAAGUGAAACUGAUGGCGACGGCAUCGUGGCACGCGAUAUGCAAACAGCAUUGCCAACAUCUGGCCAAUUAUGCACCAGCUCGCUUAUCUAAUCCCAACCAAACAUUAAGCCUCAGCUAAGCCUCCAACGCAACGUGUGAAGAACUGCGUAAACGCCAAGCUGGGACAACGGUAUCAUGCGUAAAAGUUGACCAGCUUUGGCAUGGCCAGCUGCCAGCUGAUUGCAGGCUGCAGCCUGUUGCCAGUUGCUAACACAACCAGCGGCCAUAAAUUUCCGGCCCGAGGCUUGGGACCGGUUCGAAGGCCCGAUGCGCACUUGGCAUAUUAAUAAAUUUUGGCUUUGCAAAGCGAUAAAAAUGAUAAAUCUGUGAAAUUGCCAUACCAUGUGCAAAUGAACAGGCGAUCAGAUCAGGGAGCUCCAGCUGGAGCUCAUCGCUGCUGCUGCCAGGGAAUUUAUGUGCUUGCUGCCUGGCAAGUGGCAACUGCAACUGCAAAUGCGCUCCAAAAUCGAAUUCUAUAAAAAUUUAAGGACGAGCUUGCCGAUGUAUUUAUACACUCAAUUUAUAUGAGCUUAAAUUUUCGAGCUUGGAACUCGCAAUUUUAAAAACCCAAGCAAAACAAAAAUUAGAGUUAUAGUUUAUGGUCAAAAU